ACUUCAAUCUCUAGGUCAUCACGUUAUGUCUGUUGACCGUGCUUUUCUGGAUAUAUUUUGGGAAUUAUCAGUUGAAGAUGCAGAUAAAAGACUCCAUGCGGUUGAUAAGCUGAUAAAAGCACUUGGCGAUAAGACAGAUGACGUAGGUUACUCCCUCAGAAUUUAACAAUUCAGGUGAAAUCAACAUACUUCACGUAUGCUAGACAAAGACUUGUGAAGGGCCUUAGGUCCUUCGAAGAGUCUUCAAGAGCCGGUUUUGAGAGUGGUCUCAUCCGUCUCCUUAAGGAUUUUCCAUCCGAAACGUCUACAGACAUUCUUUUGCAGUCCAUGCGAGUCCAAGUGUACUGUUCGGAACCUUCUACUAAAAAUGAGCGUUCAUCGGUGAAGUCAGCACACUUGGCUUGUGCGCGAGUGCUUUGCGCGACGAAAAGAAUACGUGAGGUAUGUGACCUACUAUGUUAAAGCGUCGUAAUUCACAGAUUGAUGAUGAAUUUGUAAAUCUCAUGCUCCCACCUGUUCUGUCUUUAACGAAAUCCACACAUCACAGGGACACUGCAUGCUUGGCAAUUUCGGAACUUAGUCUUCAGGCACCGAAACAUAUUUUUGGCACAUCUUUAGAUAAGUUUUUAAAAGAAAUAUGGCAUGAUAUGAUGUCUACAAACUCAGAAUUCACAGGUAGUUUCCUGCUGGUUGUACUUUCAUUUCAACACCGGUUUCAGAAACGUCUUCAAAAGUUGGGUAUUCCUUUAUUGGAUUUUUCUGAAAGAAAAUACCUCAGGAAGCUUCAAUUUGGAACUCUUCACUCUCGUGAUGAUAUCGUUAUGCGAUUAAUUGAUGAAGUUGUGAGGCUGAACGCGCUGACUACUGUUUGGGCCUCCUUAAAAGAGUCUCUGUGUUCCAAAGUCAAUAACGCUAAACACACCUUUCGAUUUUUACAAAUUGUUGUCCACAUUAUUUGUAAUCUUGAUGCAUCAUCUGCUGAAUUAAUCUUAUCCAAAGAAGUUCUGGAGGGUUUCAGCAAACAGUUAUCAGAUCCAAAGUACAAGUACUUUCCUCAAGUUUCACAUUUGUUAAAAAUAAUGAUGAACAAGGUUGUUGGCUCUAUAAAUAUGAAUGAUGAAAUUGCCAAUGACUCAUCAGUUUCCAAACCUCCAAACUGGCUAUUAAGACUAAUCGCUUCAAAUUUCCCUUUAUUUGACCUCUAUUGUGAUACAAGUUGUACAAAACCGUGCCAGAUUAUUUUGGACUCUGCACCAUUAUCAGUAACAUUGGAUACUCUUCAACUGUAUGUUAGACAGUUAAUGGACGCUUUCACUAAUUCUGAAGUUCAAGAUUUGAAUCAUAAACCUGAUGAAGAGGAUACUGAACAAUUUCAGUCAGUCGAUUCACGUUCUGAUGGUGUUCGAGUUUUUGUCAUCAAAUAUUUACAAAUGGUUAUGAAUGCAAUAAUAAAAUCCAAGCACAUGGGUUCUUCAAAGUUUCUCGAUGAAAUCUUAGAGUUUUUAUUGACUAUUGGUUUGACUUCUACUCUGAAGAUUGGUAAAUUCAAUUUAAAAACACAUGUCUCAGCAAAUGUUGCUAAGUGCAGCUGGGCAGCGUUAUUUGGUACAUUAGAUUACUUGAUUCUUCAAACAGUUAGCAGCAACAAACUAUCCGAUGUUCAGACUUCGAAGAAUCUUUCCAAUUUGGAUGUAAUUAAACACUUUACAACUCUCAUCAGAAAUGGAAUUACACUGUGUUCAAAGUUCACGAACACUGACAGUCCUGAUGCUCGCAUUGAUCUUUGUCUAGGCUCGUUAAAACGAUGCCUUAAAUUGCUUCAAAAAGCAGAUUCUCAGGAUCAAUUAGAUCAGUUUAUUUUAAUUUUGUGUGGAGCUUGUUCUAUCUUCUCUCUUUCAAUGCCACUUGAAGACACUGUUGGCCUCCUCGAUGACUUGGUGGAAUGCAGAAAAAGACGUUUAUCAAAUGUUGUAGAAGAAGGCGAUCCUCAUUGGUCAGAAGUUCUGACAGAUGUGAUCUUAAGUGCCAUUUCCUAUCCUGUUCGUAUGUUGCGCUCUGCUAGCCGGCUGACUUUUAAAAAGAUGGUUACAGAGAAAGUAUUCUUAACUACAAAUGUUUCAGGUGGAGAAUAUCCAUCUUGCUUGAAACUGAUUGGUGAUAUACUGAAAACACGACCAACAAAACAGACCAACAGUACGAAACAUGAUGAUGAUUCCGGGGAAUCAGAAACUGAGGAUUUGAUUCAGUUCUCAAUAACUCAUUCAAAUAAUGUAGUACAGUCAAAACAGGAGAUGUUAGUGCAAAACGGUGAUUCAGAGGAAGUCAACGAUGGAGAAGAAUUUGAUCAGAAAACAAAUUCCGAUGACAGUUCAGAUGAUUCUGACUCUGAUGCACUUGAAGAGGAGAUCGAUAUUGACGAGAAUGAACUAAAUCAGAUUAAAAAUAGUGUACGUGCUGCUCUUGGUCCAGCUGCAUUGGAUUGCGAAGACAAUGAUAGUAAUAAUAAUGAUUGUAAAGAUUUUACAGAUGCUGAAAUGUUUGCACGUAAUGAAGCAUUGGCAGCUGCUUUCCGUGUUCACAUGCGAACACCUCAACGAAUAGUCGCAGAUCAAGCCCGCACACUUGGCCAAUUAAAAAUGAGAUGCUUUGAUUUGAUCGAAUGUAUUCUACAGUAUUGUUCAGAGCCUCAACUUUUGUUGCACACUCUUCAACUUGUCAUCGAUAUAGGCAAAGGGUCUAUUGAAUAUGAAAUGGCUAAAUCACGAAGUGUUUCAGGUUCAGAUAAACUGAUUGUUAAUCAGAAGGAAAAGAGGAAAACACGUUUUAUUGCUCACUACGGUGAUGUUCCUCCAUUGUCUCGUAUUGUUCAUACAGUAAAAAAGUGUCAUUUCAGGUCACAAAGAACUCAAUCUGAAUUUAUUGAAUCGCUUAAAUCUACUGAUCAACAAGCACAUCUUCAAAAGAUUAUGAAGUCAUUUGUAGAUGAUACAAAAAUGAUGAAUGCACCUUCUCAAUAUAUUGAACUAUUAUCGAAUAUUGUGGAGUUUAUUUAUCGAAGUAUUACACCGUUGAAAACAGACUAUCCUGAUUUGGAGUCAACUGUAUCUGAAUAUUUAUUAGAGCGACUUCAUGAAGUUCUGUGUAAACACAAUGCUCAACCUACGCUUUUCUUUAAUCUAAUCAAUCAUUGUCAGGCGUUUACAGUUAUGGCUUCAAAAUUGUUGAUCAAAACUACAAUAAAAGCCUGCAAAAAAAUUAUCAAAGGAGUGGAAGAUAUACAAAAGAUUAAAAUUGGCGCCUUUGAAAACUGUAACCUUCUUAAUUUGUUUAAAAUGGUUAUUCACGUGAUUAAAUCACCAAUGUGUGAUUUAGAGACUGUGAAUAUGUUUAAAGAUCUAAGCAUCAAACUAGCUGAACUGUUACAAGAAACAAUAAAGAUUAACCAAUGUUCAAUUGACAGUAAUAUUUGGUACAAUCAGCCUAAUAUAACCUUACCCUUAUUUGAAUUAAUGAUGUGCCUUGUAAAGGUUGAUAAGGAUACUUUACCUAUAUUUUUCCAAGAAAAUAUUGUGAAACUCCUUGAGAAAUUUCCAUCAACACAAAAAUGUAUCAGGUUUUCCGCUCGACGCUUUUUAAAUUUAUUACGCGAAAAUGGUCGUAAGUUUGGAUUAUUGUCGCUGUCUGAAAGUCGUGAAGAAAAGCUUCAUCUAAAAAGGGAAUUAAAGAGACAACGUCAACAAAAGCGAAGAGAAAAGGCUUUAAUGAAACAAAACUUGAAAAACAAUAUAACUGAAUCUGUGCCUAACGAAAAGAGUAAGCCAAAGCAGAAAAAUAAGAAGACAUCUCGUCAGAAUGGACUUAAUAAUAAGCCUAAACACAAUGUCAAGACACCACCUUUGCCAAAAAGUAGCACCAAGAAAAUACUUAUUGGCAAACGGAAAAGACAACCAGUUGUUAAAGAUGAUAAUAAACGAAGAAAAAUUCUUGUUGAAUAAUAAAAAGGUUUUAAAUAUGCAAAGAUUGUAAAUAUAUAAUUUUCCAGCAC